UUAUUGUUUAAGUCAACACGGGUGUUUCAUCGUUAAUAAAUUAACAAUAACUGUUUGAGUGACUAUUUUGAUUUUCAUUUACUCUACGCGUGUAAGCACUCAAGUUACGAUGGAAAACGAGAUAAGGUACGAAAUACCUAGCUUGUUGAAAACAGCGUACUACGCUUGCAACGAGGUCGAGCGUGACAGAUACGACUCCCUGGAAGCACCGGACGUCGAUAUGCGACAUUGUUGUGAGUUGCUAUUUAAAAUAUUAACAAUCGACAAAAACCGAAAUGAGGACAACGAAAGGCAGACCAUGUUCAGCAGGUCGAAGUUAAACAAGUACAACCGCGACAUGUAUAAAAAUAUAUUAUGCGCGGAAGCAGCGUCGAGCGGUCACAUCGAUUGCAUGAAACUCGCUCACGAGAUCGGCGUCCCUUGGGACACAAUGUCCAGAGCGAACGAUAAUGCGUGCGACCAGGCUGCGAAAUCGGGAUAUCUGGAAUGCCUGAGAUACGCCUGGGAAAACGGGUGCCCGUGGGACGUGGAUACGUGCACCUCCGCCUCGAUGAAUGGUCACAUGGAUUGCCUGGUAUACGCCUGGGAAAACGGGUGCCCGUGGGACGUGGAUACGUGCACCUCCGCCGCGAUGAAUGGUCACAUGGAUUGCCUGGUAUACGCACAGGAAAACAGGUGCCCGUGGGACGUGGAUACGUGCACCUCCGCCGCGAUAUUUACAUACAAAUAAACCUAAUUCCAAAUUAACAUAAAUAAAAAGAUGUAAUUGAGCAACAUAAUAAAUUUCAUAAGUAACAUUCAAAAUGCUUUUUAUUAUAUUUUCAAGUAUUUUAGCAAAGUUACUUAUCAUAGAUAUAUGUAUUUCCUUGUCGU